GCAGUCUACGUCCAUUGCAGUCGCGUGCUUACACGUGCUUAUCAGUGCUUACAAACAUUCUAAACUAUGAAAAGAGGUUAUAUUUUUGUUUAAUUAUGUUUAGAAAACCGGCAGUAAAGAAAUAAAGAUAAAUAAUGGCAAGCGUCCCGGAAAAUAUUGAGGAAAAAGGACAAGAGAGUCCGAUUCGAUGCAUAUUUUUCUCCGAGUUUCAUCAUAUAGUAGGACCUAAAAUUACAUGUCAAGUGCCUGAUAACUUUAUAUCCAAGGACAUUUUUGACAAUGUUAGUGUUUAUAUUAUACCAAAAGCACAAUUGCAAAGGAGCACUAUUACAAUCACGUUGAAAGACUAUAAAAUCCUAGGAUUUCCCGUAAAGAUUGAUCAUAAAAAAUAUGCAAGAAACGCAUUUUAUUUUAAUUUAUGUUUUGUCUGUGAUGCAAAUGCUCGCACUGUUCACUAUGAGCCUGUAGUUAAGAAGAUGUCAGAUUUUUUGAUGGCUUUGGAAAUAGAAAAUUGCUUCUUAUCUGCCUCAGAUGAUAAGACCAGAUUAGCAGAGAUGCUUGGACAAGUGAUGCAGGAUUUAAAUCUGCAUAGGAUGUGUACAUUAACCGAAGGGACAAUGACAUCUCAUUUAAAAGUAGUGAGAUUAGCACCAGAGCCCAAACCUGUUCUUGAUCAUCAAGUACCAAUAUUCUUAGAAGGCAGGGAGACAUUCCAGAGCGAUCAGUGGGAUCUAACUACGCAGCAAGUAUUACCUUACAUCGAUGGCUUCAAUCAUGUGGCGCGUAUAGCUGCCGAAGCCGAUGUAGAGAAUAAUUUAGUCAAAAGCUGCGUGCAAAAUCUCGUAUAUUAUGGAGUUGUGACUCUGAUUCCAAUAUUCCAAUAUAGUAAUGUUUACGCCAUAACUCCGAAAUUAAGGCAGUUGGCGGACGAUGUCAAAUUACAGGAGAGGUGUAUAGCAUACGCUUCUAAACUACCCAGACAGCCUGCAUACUUUAGGGAUAUAUAUCGUAUGUACUCGAGUAUGAAUUAUGGCAUUAGCAUGAAGGACUUGUGCCAACGUCUCAAUCCACAAAACUUACGAAUAAAUGAGAGAAGGCUGGUACAAUUCGGUUUAAUCGAGGGGCUUAUCAGGAGAGUAUACAACUAUCCUGUACUUCUGCCCGGUGCAUCUUGCAGCGAAGAAGCGAAAAACAAUCCAAUCUAUAAGUAUUUUACAGGCACGUAUAGCCUCGACGAAAUAUGUUGUAGCACGGGCCAGUCCGCGGCACAAAUCGAAGAUAUCAUCGAGCGCGAUCCGAAUGUCCUAAUGAUAUGGAAGUGAUGCUACAAGAUCCAAUAAAA